GUCUACAGCCAUGAUUUGAUACAAACUGACAGAAACACCAUUCGAUACCACUCACACACGACACCAAUUUUUUUUUUUACUUUUCAUUUAAUUUUAACAACAAGAUAAAAAAGAAUAAUUUCGGAAUAAAAAAAAAAUUAAAAAGAAAUGUAAGGACUCAAUCCAACGACCAAAUCGAGAAAGUGUAGUGAAAAAAGAAUGAAUCAUAAAGUAAAAGUUUGGAGUUUUGUUUGAAAUCGUGUCGAGUGCCAAUUAUUCGAUGGGAAAAUGUAGAAAAAUUCGCAUCGAAUCGAUAAUGGGACAAGGCAAAAGACUCAAUUAUAUGUGUAUUUUUCUACGUUAAAAAGUAAAUUUAAACGAAAAAAAAAGCGGAAAUUUUCAAUUCGAGAAUUGACGCAACGGCAAAACAAAACAUCCAUUUAAUACGCAUUUAAACACAUUGUGGUUUGGGUGCGUAAAGAAAAAGUGAAACCAAAUACAAAAAUACAUAUAGUCUGCGACAAGAAAACGGAGGCAAAUGCCGUUUUAGUGUAACCAAAAAGUGCAAGUACAGAAACCAACAAAAUUAUUAUGUUUUUUAUUCGUGUCCGUUCCCAUUAUGUUAAUCAAGCUGAUGUGGAAAAGGUACCACUAACAUUCACAUACAUCCACAUUUACUCUUACUCUUUGUCUUUCUCUGUCAAUGUUUUUGAUUUCAACAUGCCGUUUGUUUCUUCAUCAUCUGUAAUUGAAUUUUGCUAUCUCGACUCUUCUCUCUAGUUGAAUUGUCCAUUUCAAGUAUGUAAGUUAUUGUGGAGCGAAAAGGAUUGCUUUUGCAAUUGCGAGUCAAGUGCAAUCAGUAAAACUAAACAUUGUAAAGAUUAGAAACGAAUACAAAUAAAGUCAAUAGAAGUCCUUCAUGUCAAACACAAAACACAACACAUCACACAUUCACACACACACACACGUCAUUCGAUAUAAAUCGAAAGUUUUGCAAUGUAAUUAAGUGAAAGCGUCCUCUUUAUUCGACAGAUAAUGAAGUUACUUUUGUUCACACACACACACACACACACACACACACAAUUCGGAUAUGAACGGUUGAAUGGAACGAGUCACUUUGGAUUUGAUUUCAUUUUGUUGGUUGCUUCCGAUUUCAACUUGAAAGUACAUGCUAUCGUUAGUGUUCGUAUGUCUCGCAUGCACUUAAGACCUUAAUUUGAUUUGAUCUGCUGUUUCGUACAUGCUUUUUUGCCAUUCCGGUUCAAGGCCAUUAAAAAAAAACCGAAAUCUUUUAUUCAUUACACGGACGUCCAUUUCGAUUUUUAUGCGAACUAUUCCAUCGAUUUUUAUCUUUGACGCUACUCAAUCUGACGAAAGAGCAAUCGAAACAGACAGAGAAAAAAAAACCAUACACAAAACAAGUAGUAUGAAAUUGUAACAUGUAAAACAUGCCUAAUGGAAAGAGAAGUGAAGCCAAGUCAAUGUUUGUGUUACAACAGUUCAUUUAUAUCAUCGUUGGUUAGCUUCAACAGCAAGGCGUCUAAGACGGCGGAUAAAUUGAGUAUUCUAUAAUGAUGAUGAUGAUAACGGUUUUUACGUUGAAUGUCAGCUUUUUAUAUACUCAACUAGAAAUAGAAUGGAUGUAUAUGGUGAAGGAGGAGAAUCAGCUUCUGAAUGCACACGUGAAGACCAAAGCCCACGCGUGACUCGAAUUAUGUGUGGAAAUACACAGCUCUUUAGCGUUUGAAAAUCAAAACGAUCCGCACGCAUUUUUUGUUAUCGUCGUCGUCGUUGUUGUUGUUGUUGUUGUUGUUAUUGUCCUCUUUUUCAGUACUCACUCUCUCCAUGUCACGAUAUAUAAAAGCAGCACGCUAGAGUGCUAUCAAUCAAGCGAAAUAAUGUGAGGAUUCCAAUUAUUUUCCUUUCUUCGUUUGUCAUGAAUCGUUGGUUCGUUUGGGUCUUCUGCUUGCAAAUUGAUUUAUCGGAAAACAGUUGCUAGGAAAAUAUGUCUUGCAUUCAGUAGCAGCGUCAGAAGCAUCAUCAGCAGCAUCUAUACGCAGUGGACCAUAUUUGCCGAAUGCGCUCAACUGUUCAUUGGAAAAAUCGAACGAAUUUCAUGUCAUUUACCAUUUCGAUGCAAGCAAAAUAAAGAUUUUUUUUUCAUUGGCCAUAGGAGAAAGAUAACAACGAGAAUAUCCUUAGACGAGAUAUUCUUGACCCAGUUUUCGGUUCAUUUUACGCCAGAUGCUUUUCAAGCCAAAACAAUUUUUAUUUCACUUCAGAUGACAAUAUUGGGCAUUGUUAUGAAAUCUUGAUCACACAAUAAAGUUCAUAAUUUUUCCACUAUUUUGGAGUAAAAAGUUUUCCCCUUGAACGUAUUAUAGCCACAGCGCGGCCAAAUGUCGUUUCUCACAUCGUGCGACGGUUUUGUGAACGGUGAGGGCUCAAUUCACAAAAUCCCAAUAAUGUUUAAUGAACAUCGCCUAAAUUGCUCCCACACCCAACAUCCCGUGCGCAAAAUAUGAUGUGAGCGAACGAACGAACGAGCGACCGACACCGAGUGCAUUACCGUUUUGCGUGGUUGUUGUAUCACGACUUUUGACAUUUUACAAAAUGGAAUUUUGUACAUAAAUUUGCAUGCGUACACUUUCUUUGCCUGAUUGUUCAUUCGUUCGCUCGUUUGUUCCCUUACCACUUUCACCUAAUGGAAAAUUACAUUGCGAGUAUGCUUUUUGAUGGCCUGCAAGUAAAUGAAUUUAUUUAUUCGAGUUGAUAUAUGACAUUAGUAACCGAGUUUCAUAUGCAUGCUCUCCUUUUUUUGCUGUGCAAAACGAUUUUUCCCAGCCAUUUCCAUCAUGGAAAUUAGUCGAGUCAUUACACCGUUUGAAUUGAACCAAAAUCAAAUUAUUACUCACUCACUCGCUCGCUCUUUGUCUAUUCAUGGCUCUGUGUGAGUCGAUGUCUGUGUCUCUUGCCAUUCUGAAUAAAUUAGUUAUCCAGUUAUUUAUGCUUGUUCAACACUAAUUCUCUGAAAUCGUCAACAACGGAAACAUGAUGAAAACGAUUUUUAUGCGAUGAGCGUCACCAUUCCAAUUCAAUUUGGUCGUUUAAACGCUUCAAACGAUCAGGAUGCCCUUUGUGUAGGAUCGAAAUUUGUUGCGCCAUGAAUUUUGUCAAAGUUGAAAAGCUUCUUUGUAUCGUUGCCAUUGCCGCGGUCGUCGUCGUCACAUAUGCGGUACAGAGUGAGUGCAUAACAAUCGAGUGAAGGGUGUAACGAACUCUGAAGAGUAAUAACGAGACAUUCAUUUAACUUCAUUUGCAUUUCCCCAAUGGCCGACAGUGACAUUUGCUCCAACGGUAUCCACAAUACUUGUAUCAAAUUCCAUGAUGAGUUUCGAUUACAAAAGCUUCUGUUGUGGUGGUGGUGAUGGUGGAAAAGAAAGAGAUUCAUGUAAGGAAUAAAAAAUAUAUGAACAAGCAAUGGCUUCCCUCAUCUUUUCUUGCGGAUUAUAUGAGAUUGCUUUUGUCAUAACAACGAAUUUUCAGUAUCGCUUACACAAACAUUGCGAAUGUAAGGCAUUUUACAGUUUGUCGUUCCUCCAUUAAUAUUUCAGCGUAUUCUGAAUUUCGCCCACGACCUCUCUCGUUAACCUUUGAACGAAGAGAAGCAUAAACCAACCACCUGAAUUAUUUUAAAAGGCGCAGGAUUUAUUCGAAAACAUUGGCCCACGCAUAAUUUGUACCAUUUAAUAUAUCUGUUUUCCAUUUGCCUAGCCAAAUGCACAAAGCACAUAAAUGUUGAAACGCCUCGCAAUUUAUAAAUUUUUCUUCUCACUGUAUUUCCAGGGGAAAUCAUAAAUAUAUACAUGGAAUCGAGUGUACUGCAAUGAUUUAACUCCGCUGGCAUUCGUACAUCCAUUUCAUAUCAAACAAAUCUCUUUCUCAUAAAUAAUUCCACUUGUUUGAAAGGAAUGUUGUGUUUUCCCUAUGUCUGUUCCAUGUUGACAGGAUAGCUUUUCAAUUAAAUUUCAUCUUUUGCUUGUGAUGACAUAAGCACACUUGUUACUUGAACCUUUUUCCAAUCAGAAUCGCCCUUUUUUGUACAGGCGCAACACCAAAGUGCUACGAGUACGGUAUAGAAUGGAAACAAAAACAAGCUAAUGUCGUUCGUGUACCUUUCAAUUGAUGCCAUUUACUAUCAUCGCUGCUUCAAUCAAGUUUAAUUUACAUGAAAAGCAACAACCGAUCGAGUGGAAGAAAUAUUUUUUUUAAAAAACAGAACACUUCAAAGGGAAUAGUAUGGGAGAUGGGAUUGGGAGAGUGAGCGAGAGAUAAAAUUCUGUAUCCAAAUCCUUUUCAGUGGAAUCAUUUUUCUCUCGCUUCCUCUCUCAUUAAUGUUAUCAGAAACUGUGAGUAAUUUCUUCUCAUGUAGUUUGUGCAGCAUCUGCCCUAUUCAACAAUAGUCGGGAUAAGGUCUUAUAUAACAAUCAGGCGUUCGCACGAGUGCUCAUCAAAUAGAGCUCGUAAACGAAAGAAACUCAUUAUUUGGAGCGGCACAGAGAGAAAGAAAAAAAUACCGAGUACCAACAGCAGCGAAUCGCCGAGUGUGUACUCAAUUUUCCCAUCAUCAGCAUUCGUUGUGUGAUAUUCGUCAGUGCAACAUUCACGUCGCUCGCUUCAACUCUUCUUCGGUUCGCUUAUAGUUUGUGUGUGUAUGUGUGUGCUUAUUCAUCUCCAGUGUUAAUCCAAUUUUCGGUAGAAUCUCAAGAAAAUUUGUAUUUAACCAAUUUUUCGUUACCAACUCAAGGACUCUGUUUUGUUGGUGGUGGCGGUGGCGUGUGUAAUUUCAACGGUUCCAAUGUGCUUAUAAAGUUUAAUUCAUUUGAUGAUAACUGUAAACAUAGCAAUACUAACAAAUGCUACACAUUCACUGCGUUUAAUUUUGUUUACGAGCAGCCGUUUUAAAACCACAAGCAAAUCAGAUUUAAGCUUGUCAUUUUGGCACUGUUUCUUCUGACCUGUGAACAAAGUGAAAUUUAUUGCGACAUAUGAACACCAAAUGCAUUAACUCAUUCAAGGAUUUUCAUUGGCAUAAAUGGAAAAUGUGUUUUUUUUUCGGUUGCGACGUAAAUCGGCCAAAUUUUUGUUAUGAAACCAUUAGAAUGGCCACAGAAUGCUAUUUUUGUUCACCGGAUUGAAAUGACGUGCGAAUUUAAAUACGUUCAAACUUGCUUCAAGGCAAAAAAGUUCAACAAGUUGAAUCGCAUCGCAACGCAACGCAGAAUUAUUGGAGGAAAUAACACCCUCUACGUCACUUCAAGCACAUUGCUGUGCCAUGGUUUGCACGAUAAAACCAAAAAUUGCACGACAGGUGCCAAGGUGUUGCAAAAAACAUGUUAAAUGAACAAAUUCCAAAAGCAUUAAAACUUACUUUUCAAACUCGUGGAGAAAUUUCAUUGUUGCUUUUGUUGUCGAUCGUCGAACAAAAAGCGUUGCACUAUUCUUGAACGUUAAAUCAAUUGGAAUCGAAAAAUUAAAAAAAAACUAUUUUCCAAACAUUUCACAAAUAUUAAGACUUUUCUCCGUCGUAUCGAUCGGAAACGAUGACGUAUUUUAUCUCAUUUUAAAUUAUUUUCAUCUCGUUCGCGUACCGUAAAUAAUAAAUGUUACCAUUUGCUUGCUUUGUAGGUCUAACGAAGUGAUUGAAUGCCUAUAGAGUAGAAUUCAUAUUUAUGCAUCCGUUUGCUGAUUUUACAAAGCCAAAACAAAAAUAAAUCAAGUAUUUUUACUACUUUGAAUACAAGUAUAUCAAGUUGUUAUCAUAAGAAUUCAUAAAUUAUAAUUGAGCCGUAUUUGAACCAGGGGAAUUGAUACCACCUAUCCAAAUAAACAAUAAUAUAUUUCCAAAUUACUUGAAACGCAUAAUGAAAAUUGCAAUUAAGAAUUUUAAUGCGAUUAAAUCCACUUGAAUUGGAAUGAAUCACUUGAUGGUAUCUAACCUAUGGACCCUAAAUCCUCUUAAUGAAUCCGUAGAAAAACCGAAAUCAAGGAUAAGAGCCAAAAAAAACACACACACACACGAAAAACAAGUAAUUUAUAAAAAAAAAGAAAAAAUGAGUGCCUUCUUUAGCUCCAUCAAGAGUAUGGUCGAUAAUUACGGCCACGGAAUAAUUUCAAUACAAGUUCAACUUGAAGACAUGAAAUUUGGGUUGAUGCCAUCAACAACACCUUACACAGACCCCUUAACCGCAUCCACAACACCAUCGUCCACCUCGCCAAAUUCACGGAAAAACAGUUGCAACAACAACAUCAAUAACAACAACAAUAAUAAUACCAUAAAUAUGUCAAUCAAUGCAUUGAAUGCGACAUCCGAUUUCAAUCAAUGGCUGCAUGCAAUGAAAAUGGUUGCACGCCUACCCGGAGGUACACCACCCGAAUUUCGGCGCAAACUGUGGCUUGCGUUGGCUGAUCGCCAUCUGCACACCAGCGGCAUCGAUUGGAACAAAGAGCAAACGAAAUGUCUAUCCAACGAAACGUGGCUCGAUGACGACGAAGAGUUGGGCAUUCAAAUUGUUAAGGAUUUGCAUCGCACAGGUUCGAGCUUAUUUUCCGGCCCAAACGGCAGUAUUAAUCAAGCUAAAUUGAAACGUGUACUGCUCGGAUAUGCACGAUGGAACCCAGAGGUUGGAUAUUGUCAGGGCUUCAAUAUGCUCGGUGCUUUAAUACUUCAAGUCAUGGAGAGAAGCGAAAUUGAGUCAUUGAAAGUGAUGAUUUAUCUUAUCGAAGGCGUUCUACCGAAAGGUUAUUUCAGCGGUUCAAUGGGCGGUCUGCAGGCAGACAUGGCAGUUUUUCGUGAAAUUCUAUCUACGCGACUACCCAAACUAUCGAAACAUUUGCAAAAACUCCAAGGCACCAUUGGCGACAAUUCGAUGGAUCCACCGCUGAUAAAUGUAUUCACCAUGCAAUGGUUCUUGACACUUUUCUGUACAUGUUUGCCGAAAAGUUGUGUGCUGCGCGUGUGGGAUUUGGUUUUGAUUGAGGGAAGUGACAUUUUAUUACGAACCGCACUUGCGAUUUGGGCCUCGAUAUCCGAGCGCAUCAUGGCGAUUAAAUCAGCCGACGAAUUUUACUGUAAAAUGGGCACAUUAUCGGGUGAAUUGCUGAAUGGCCAUUUAUUCGAUUCGAAUGGUUUGAUUCAGCGGAUCGUUGACCUGGGACCCAUAGCCGAUCUGCAAAAAAUGCGAGAAAAGCAUCUAUUCAAUGUGACGCCUUGGAAAAACCGCAAAGGAAUGAGAAUUUUCUACUCUGAUGAAGAUUCGGAUGAAGAAAAUUGGAAAAUGUUAACGGGCAACCGGAAAACGAAUACAGCCACGAAUCGCAAUCAAAUACCCGACACACGUGAACGUAUAGCUUUAGAUAUUUCACUGUUAAAAAAGCAAUAUUCCAAAAUACGUGAACGACAACGUCAAGCAAAUCUAACGAAUACGACCAAACAACCGGUGAACUCGACAAUAAGUAACACGAAACCGUCGAACAUUAAUCAAUAUUUAAUAGGCAGAAAUGCGAUCGUAAGCAACAAAAAGCGGCACGGACCACCGGCCGGUUCCAUUCCACCAGCUCGUACAGCGUUUCCAAUGUCCGCUACAAAUAAAUACCAGCAAAAGCGUUUACGAAACGCAACCAUUGACAAUGCAAGUACGUCGGCAAUGAAAAUUCAUAGCGAUGACAAUUCGAAUGUGCAGAAAAAGAAAGCGUUUGCGCGGCCACGAAGCGAAUCAUCAUCGUACAGUGAGGAUAGUGACAAAGGAAGUGAAGAUGAGCUGGAUAAUCGAAUAUCUGUGGGAUCGAGCAGUUCCAGUACGAGUUUGUGUGAUGACGAAUUCGUCGGGAAUGCAUCGUCAAUGGAUGGCAGUCCAAUGAAAUCGCGAUUGCAUUCAUCCGCUUCGGAUGACAGUAAAAGCUCACUGACCAAAGACAUGCUGGGCGUUGAUGAAUUUGACCAAACUUCGUAUACUAGACUGGGGGCAAUGGAAUGUGAUGACCAAAAGUCACUGAAACGAGACAGCAGCCAAGAAAGUGAUGCAGCAAAAUAUGAUAUUUUACCAAAUAUCGAUCGUGAAAACAAUGACAUUCACUUUGCCAACGAUGAUAAGAGGGAGAAAACGAAUUUAGAUCUUUUAAGUUUGCCACAGCGUGAACAAAUCACCAGCACAAGUCAACUAUCACCCAUUGCAGAUAUUUCGAAUAUUUUAAGCACAUCGACCAUUAGCCCGUUGAAAACACCAACUUCUUAUCUCUUGCACUCAUAUCCACUGUGUGAAAUGCCCGGCACCGAUGAAAACCAGGAGGAUACGUCAGAAAUUGAUUUCAGCGUCAAUACCGGAAGCAGCGACAAAGAUUUCUUCAAGGUCAGCGAUGAAGGUGUAACGAAUGCCUAUUUUGAACGGGUCAAUCAUGUUACGACCCUUAAUGUGGAUUCUAAAUUUCCAUUUUCGUUCAUUGAAGACGCACCAGAUACAAAUCUGGAAUCAAGACUAUCGAGAAGUAGCCAGGAGGACGAUGAAGAAGAAGAUGAAAUGUCAUCGUUCAAAUCGGAAGUACGUCGAUUGAGCGAUUCCUUUGAAUCGGCCAUUAUUUCCAUUGAUCUAGCCAAUGAUGAUGCUACCAAAUCUAGUUCCAAUUCAAACACAAACUCCGAUGCCAUCCUUAAAAUGAUUGAAGAAAACUCGAAAAUUCUCGAUCGAAUCAUGUGCAAAAAUGCUCAAGCUACGGCACGCAAUAUAACGUCCCUUGAUGAUGAUGAUCAUGAUGAUAAGCAUGAAAAUUGUGAUGAUAUCGAAUGUGAAUAUCAAGCCAAAUCGGAAUUGAAAUCGGAUUCAAAAUCAGAUUGUGUGAUUGAUUCAAAACAUGAAAUCAAAUUGAAUCCAAGUAAAGAAAGUGUUGAAAUUGAGCCAAAGAAAUCCGAUUCAGUUGACGGCCAAACGGAAUUUCCCAAUGUUCCAAAAGUCGAAAUCACUUCAGAAGAUGAUGACGCUUUGAUUGAAAAGAAAUUGAAAGAUGAAAUUAUCAGUCCGGAAAAAGAAGCCAAAAGUCAUGAUGAGACAACGGAGACGAAAAUUGACGAUGACGAUCAUGUGUUUAAGUAUGGCGAUUUAAGUGAUUGCAUAUCAAAGUAUUUGGUCAGUACAAACGAAAAGUCUGAGAAGAGAAUUCAAUCGGAAAGUGAAUCAAUUGAAUGUGGAACGGAGGAAACAGCGCCAAAAACCGAAAGUCUUGAUCUACCGAAAACUUUGUCACUAUUGACUCAUCAUGAAGGCAGCACAGAGGAUAUAAGGAACCUGUUGAAAGAGUCUCUUUUCGACUAUAGUAGAAGCCCAUCAGAGUCAUUACCGGUUGACUCGAAAUUGGAAAAUGAUUUGGAAACACUGUUGAAAAUGUCGGCCGAGUUGCUGCGCGAAGGAUUUCCGUUGGGCUCACCAGUCGAUGAACCGGGUGAAAAUUGGUCGAUUGAUGGGGAAGAUCAACCAGAAGCUUGUGCCAUUGAAACAAAUUUAAGAAUCGAAGUAGAAGCUGAGGAAUCAUCCGAGAGUAAUCGAAAUUCAACAUUUUUAGAUCCGGAUGCAUUGCAAUUGGAGAUGGAAAGUGUGGCUGGUGAUAUUUCGGCAACGAUUUCAUCGAUUAAAAACACGAUUAAGUCAAUUGAUUCAUUGUGUCAAGAUGAUGAUAGACGAUCUCGCGAACGCACUGACAGAACAUUGAACGACAUCAUCAAAGUGGUUGAAAAAUUGGACGAAGAGAAAGACUAUCGGAAAGUGCAAGAAACCAAAUCGGAUCCAGCUAAGCCGGCCAAUUUGUCGACUGUUUUCGAACACAAGGCACGAAAUGAUUCAAACUCAAAUGCAAGUAGCAUAGAUAGUCCACGAAUGACAGCAUCUUCACGAAUUUCGCGUGAUCGCAGUAGAAUGACAUCGCCACGUAGACGAAAAGACGAUGAUUUCGGUGAAUAUGAAAGCCGUGCACGACGUAACAAGUCACCAUCGUCAAGUGUUUUAUCGCAGAAUCGAUAUUCGGCCGAUUUUUCAAGUAAAUUUAAAUUCGAAGAUUUCAGCAGUGGUAGCGAAAGUGGGUCCAAAAGUAAAAUCGGCUCUCCAUAUAAAACGAACGAAAAGCUUGAAAUUCGUCAUACAACCGUUACGGCCACAUUCUACGAUCGAUUUCUCAGCCAAAAAUAUGAACAACAACACAAAAUGGAUCGUUCACCUUCGUCCCCAGUCAUCAAUAAAGCAUACUUGAAUUCACUAAAAGCGACGCCCAGCUUAACCAGUUCAUAUCAUAGUGGCGAUAAAUAUCGACGUGAUUCGAGAUCAACAUCGCCCACCUCUAGCUCCAGUCACAGCCGAAUUGAUUCAUCCAGGUAUAUGCCAGCCGCACCAAAAUCCGGUUACCUUCACCUGCCACAAUUAUCCGUCAGUUCAAUCCAUCGCGAUCAAUGUACGCGAAGCUGUGAAAACAUUUUGUCGAAUUUAAAUUCCACAUCCGAAUUUGCCCAGAAAUAUUCAUAUCAAGCGAAAACCACGUCGGACAUCUUUAGCAGCAGCAACAUCGACAGCGACAAAAUCCUAAAACGCCAUUCAACUGGCACCUACUACCAAAAUACAUCCGCACUACCAAUCAAACCGAAGAAGCCUUCUGAAAUUGGAAUCAAAUUGGGACUCUACAAGCCAGAGUAAAUACUACUAGAGAAUAGACAGAGUUAAUGAAAUGAUGGGGUUUUUAAAUGUGUAAACUAACGAGAAAUGGUAUUGUUUGAAAAUACUUUUCUUCCACUUUGAUCUUAUGCAAAUUUUCUAGACAUAAUCGUUCGCUUAACUGUGCCGAUUUCCAAUGGAAUUGACACAAUUUUGUUUCCACUGGCAAAACAAAAACAUUUCAUUCUUUAGUGGUAAACAUUAAACACAAAUUUUCAUACACACUAACUCACACACACACACACACACACACAUACCAAAGACAAUUUUUGUUCGAAUCAUAGUUUAGAAUCUACAACUUUACUACAUAAAUUAAGAAACCUUCUUCCAUUAAAUAUAAAUUUCUUUUUUCUCAGUUUUUUUUUUCCGAACACAGAAAAUGAAACAAAUCAUAACAAAUUCAAAUCGUUUAGUCACUCUAUUUUGGAACAUUUAAAAAUAAAAAAAAAAAACAAACAAAUGCUUUAGGAUUUUGUGUAGAUUAGUCUAAUUUUUCGUGUUCAACGUGCUACUCAACCCAAUUUGUCAAAUGAAUAGAAAAACAAACAGCUGGAAAAUAUGCAAAAUGAAUUUGUUCAAGUUAACAAAAAUGUGCAACAUCAUCAAUGACACACAAAUAAAACUUAAUGGAAGUAAAAAUGAAA